CAGACUUUUGCAGCUGCUGAUUCAUUAGUCCUUGCUGAAAACCACGAGUAAGUAUUUUAUUUCUUACAUCACGAAUCCUUUUUCAGCGCACUACUUCAUCAUUCCCUAGCUCAUUGUUUCGAAAAAACGGCAAGUUGUGUAGGCAAUUUAGUAUUUUCCGUCGAAUAUCAACCAAGCGAUUUUCACUUUUAGGAACUGGCCAAGGAGUAAAGGUAAGUACUAUUUCUGUAGCUAUAAAAAUCGGAAGACAAACACCGCUAUGCCGCCCAGGAAAAUGUUGUGUAGCUUUAAAGUGCUUCCGAACUCCGGGUCAUAGAUCCGUUUCACUCGCGAGGAAACAGAGGCGACUUCGUAGCCCUCCCAACUGGAGGUGAUAAGAACGCCGCAGCGGUUUCUACCCGCGCAGCUCAGAACUUUUUCUACCGGGACAGUGUCGGAGAGCAGGAUAAAUAAAAGAAGCGGGAAAAUUUUAUUGUGUGACUACGCCUUUCUUCAAGUUUAGCACACCGGAUCUAUCAUCCGAAGGCAAUUUUUGUGUACAACACAGUAGCCGCGCUCUCCUUCCUGUACGUGAUUAGUGGAAGAAGAUCCACCAAUAAAAGACCACAAACGCCCACAACAUGGAUUCCUACGUGAAUCGUCUCACGACGAUCUUCUACACCUUCGUCACGGCCUUCGGGUUCGCCUCAAUACUAAACCACUUCUCGGCCUACGUCUGCUUCUACCCGAAACCCACCGGGAUAAUAUCAAACGUAAGAGAUUUCAAAUUUUCUUGUUUUGCGUGCAUUUGAUUGAAAAGAAAUCCGAAUAGGAUUUUGGUAGCGUUAUCAGCAUUUUUGCAAAUAAUCUUCUUGCGUAUCUACUAAACACGUUGCAAAUAAUCAUAGGGAAAAAUUGUAUCGGCACAAAGAAAAACUCUUUCACAGAUCGUCCUCCAUGACUUCACCGUCAACAGCUUUCUGGGCCAGGAGCAAGCAAAUCUGAGCUUUGAUUUCGAGGCGGAUCUGAUAUCACCAGAAAAAAGUGUUACAGUUACACAUUUGUUGGAGUUUCUGCAUCACAAAUUUUCUCUGUGCGGCACAGAAAACUUGUAAUGCGAAGAUCAUAAGGGAAAACAGGAAGGAAACGAGGCCCCCAAGCAUUUCCCGCAUGAGAAAGGUUGUCUGGGUUGCCGGUCUUGCGACACAAUGUGUAACUGUAACACUUUUUUCUUGCGAUAUCUGACCAGCGAAUUCCACUGGAACCAGAAGCAGCUAUUUCUCUAUGUAUAAAAGCAUUUUCAUUCUCUAGCUUUCUUUUGCAUGACAACUGUGCUAUCUGAUGUGGUGUGCUGCAUGACAAAAAAUUCGUUUGAUGCUCUUCCACAUGACAAAUUUGCGUGUACAGGUCCUGGUGAAAUACGAGACGGAAACGAGCCACCUGAACGAAGUGAUUAUCUGGGAUGAGAUACUCCGGGACAAGGAGGAGGCAAAAUUCAGCCUCCAAGGCCUGGAGGCGAAAUACCCGCUGCGCGACCAGUUCAAGGAGCUCAAGAAAAAGCAAGCGAAGCUGGUGGUGCGAUAUAGAAGGAUGCCCAUCAUAGGUAAAGAUGAGUUUUCUAUGUAGUUUUUCUGUGACAAGUUUGAAAAAGAAAACACAUGAAGGUUUUGCAUGAAAAAUUUCACUUUUUUAGAACAUACACUUUGUUCUUUUUGUUAUGCAGAAACAAUAUAGCAGGAAACCCCCUUUGUUGUGAUGCGGAAAGAACAACCACGACAGAAAAUAUACAAACAGGUAUGAUGGACGAGUCGGAUUUUAUCGAGAGCGAGCCGCUCGAGAUGCCCGACCGAUACUUCCGGAAAUAACGGGCGACGGGCACAGUAUCAUCGGAUUAUUAUAAGCAUCAAGCGACCCCCGCCUUGCGGCAUACGCAUUAGCGACGAGCGACAUUUUUUUAGUUGACAUUGUAUGACCUUGAUCGCGCAACAGUACAGAUAAAAAUUCUGCGUGGAUGUACUUUGUUUUUGCUACGACCGGCCCCGUCGUAGCCCGACGGGGUACAGGUAAAUGAACCGAAAUCCACUUCGCAUCAUAUCUGAAGCGCUUCGAAGAAAUAACUCCGACUAAAAU